AUGAUGCCUGGGGGCAACAGUGCUGUGCGAGAUAUUGUGCACACUCUCGCACUGGGCGGCGUGCGCAAUGACGCAUCGCCUGCCUCUCCAGACAAACUGGCGGCAACAGCAAUAGCCAGAGCAGCUGGAGGGCGACACAACGACGACCGGCAGCUGGGAAGAAACAGCGAGGCGGCGUCGGCGAUGGACGCAUCGAGAUUACUCUUGGAGGUGGAAACGCUGUUGCGGCAAUCCGCAUUCUCGGAGAGGGACCGCUCUACUCCGGCUGGUGCACCGUGGAACCGCCGUUUUGAGUCAUCGGCGCAACCACCACUAUCUACAACAAGAGCAGCAGCAGAAGAAGAAGCAUUGCUCCCUGCAGCCGAUGCGAAGGUGGCACCGACAGCGCUGGCAAACACAGGCGGCAGAUCGAGCACAGCAAGAGGUGGGAGCGGCAUGCUGGAGGUACCGCCACCAGACGCAUUUAGUGCUCAGUGGUGGCGCUUUCGCGAGGGGUACCAGCGCGAGUUGGCGCAACAUGUGCAGCAUGAGCCGCUGCGGCGACAAGAAGGUGGGGUGAACCACAUAAUACCACCUCCGCAGACGCAACGAGAGCUGGAGGAGGCAGAGGCUCCGCAUUGCGUGACUGACAGGAGCGGAAGCAGUGGCGGAGGGGAGCGUCGUGUUGAAGUCUCGCACGCUGCACCGGGAGCGACCUUCACUGCACCUUCUGCAACCACGUCCCUUGUCUACGAGCAACCACUACAGGCACCAUUCUCUUCUGCUGCGACGAUGCCAGUUGAUAAUGCCCGUGGCAGCUACGACGCAGAGGAGAUUCACGACACAAUUCUGUGUCUAAAGGAGGCCCGUCGGUUGCGGCGUGUGCGAUUGGCUUCGCAUGACCGUCGACACUCUGUCCCGCCUCCCGCGCCAUUAUCUUUUUGCCAACGUCUUGACAUUCCCCGCUCUGUCCACCAUGACACCGCGGAGGCACUCGAAGAGGCGAUGCGGCUGUUGCUGCAGGAGCGCAAAUGGGUUACGAUGCGCUGCACCGUCCUCUACGACCGACUUCAGCAACUUACCCAUCACUAUGAGACGAUGGUGAAUCGGCUAAAGGCGGUGUAUGGCGAUCGCCCCCUGCAGCUCGCGGCGGAAGCAUAG